AUGUCAAUAAAUACAGUUUAUCAAUUAUUUAAUAUCAUUAAAAGUAAUUUUUUCUCAAUCGUAUUUUUAUCUAUCUUUAUUAUUGUAAUCCAAUAUUACAUAAAUUAUUUCAAUCGACCGUCAAGGCUUCCUGGUCCAUUUCCUUUACCAAUUAUUGGAAAUAUACAUCAAAUUGGAUCAGAUCUUGCAGCAGCGACAGAUGAAUUUAAUAAAAAAUAUGGUGAUUUGUACGAAUUUUAUAUGGGAAGUUCGCCCAUAGUUGUUAUUAGCAAACCUAAUUUGGUUGAAAAAGUGUGGGGAUCUUCGUCUCUCAAAACCACAAAAUUUAUUAUGCGUAAUUCAUAUUCUGAAGGUAUUGAUGAACUUGGCUUAGGUACAAAAGGAAUGGUACUCAAUCGAAAUAUUGAAGUUUGGGCUAUCAAUAGGAAAUUUAUGAACGUUAUUUCUUCACCUCCAUUUCUACGUGAAUCAAUCAAUUUAUCAAGUAAAACGAUUGAUAAAUUGUUUGAAUAUUGGAAAAUCAUUGAAAAAGAAGGAGCGCAAAUCGACAUUUCCCGGUGGAUAGAUGCUUUGGGUGCAGAUAUUGUUGCGACAACUGCAACUGGAAAAGGAAUAGCAGCAACAACUAAAUUGUUUGAUGAAUUAAAUAUUGAAAAUAAAAAAUCCAAAAUACAAGGAAUUUGGCAAAAUGGCGUAAAAUUUACUAAAGCAAUUCAUAAGUAUAACGAAUCAAUGGCAUUUAUGAUGUUACUUCCAAAAAAUUUUCGAAAAAAUUUCCCUCUUAUUAAAGAUUUAAAUAAAAAUUAUUUGGAUAAUAAAGAUUGGAUAUAUCAAGAAUUGGAUAGAAUCGUUUCCGAAAAACAAAAAGAAAUUGAAAACACACCUUUGGAUCAGCCACUUGAGCCGAAUAUUUUAACUUUAUUACUUACAACAAAUACAGAAAGAGAUUUGGACAAAAUUUCUGUCAGUAAAUUUGACAGACCUUUAACAAAUGACGAAGUAAUAUCGAUAUUACGUGAAGUAUUUACUGGUGGAUUAGAUACUACCUCAAACAGUGUAUCAUUUCUGAUGUUUUAUCUUGCUAAACAUCGUGAAGUUUAUUUGAAAAUGAGACAAGAAGUAUUAGAUGUUUAUGGCACACUUGACAAUCCAGUACUUACAUUGGAAUCGUAUGGAAAACUCAAGUAUACAGAAGCAGUAAUCAAUGAAGGCAUUCGCAUUUUCCCUUCAGUAUCAUCGAUACCUCGUGCCGCAACCGAAGAUGUUGAAUUUGAUGGAUAUACAAUUAAAGCAGAUACAACAGUUUAUACAGAUUUUAAUGCAUUAAAUCAUAAUCCUAAAUACUUUAAAGAUCCUGAAAUUUUUAAUCCUGAUAGAUUCUUAACUGAUAAAGAAUCAUUUACUAAAUACUCUUAUAUUCCUUUUGGAAAUGGUGUACGCGUGUGUCCUGGUCGAGCUUGGGCUAUGGCUCAAAUGAAAACUUUUCUUAUUAAACUUGUUUGUACAUUUGAUAUAGAUUCGAAUGAUAAAAAUGAUACUCCUAAAUAUGUUUAUCGUACCUUUCAAGCACAUAGAAAAUUUAAUAAAAUGCCCUCCAUAAGGCAUACCUUUUCUAAAUACGCAUUCUCGAAAAUUUUGCCUAUAGUCCCAAGUAGGAUGCAUUUACGGAAGGUUGACUCUAUGUGCGUCAAAUUAAAAUCUCCGUCAGAUAUCAUUAUAAUUCCGCUAAUACCUAACAUAGACCCACAUUUGGAUUUGAUCUGA